AUGGGCUAUGCACAAUUUGGGGAGGGAUCAGGACCCAUCUGGCUGGACGAGCUGAAGUGCACAGGAGAGGAGGACCAAGUGUGGAAGUGCCCAGCUCAAGGCUGGGGACAGCAUAACUGUGCGCACAAUGAGGAUGCAGGUGUCAUCUGCUCAGAGUACACAGAAGUCAGGCUCAUGAAAAAUGGCAGCUCUUGGUGUGAGGGUCAAGUGGAGAUGAAGACCUCUGGAGGCUGGAGAACACUCUGUGCCUCCCACUGGAAUAUGGCCAAUGCCAAUGUCGUUUGCCGUCAGCUGGGCUGUGGGGUUGCCAUCUCCACCCCAAAGGGAGCGUACUUUGUGGAAGGAGGAGAUGAGAUCUGGAGAGACACAUUCCACUGCUCAGGGUCUGAGUCCUUCUUGUGGAAUUGCCCUGUGACUGCCCUGGGUGUUUCUGCCUGUGACCAUGGAAACACAGCCUCUGUGGUCUGCUCAGGUAACCAGACUAAGUUGCUGCCCCAGUGCAAUGACUCCUUGUCUAACACAGCAGGCUCUGCAGCCUCAGAGGGCCACACUGCCAACUGCUCAGACAGCAGACAGCUCCGCCUGGUGGACGGGGGCAGUCACUGUGCAGGGAGAGUGGAGAUCCUGCAGCAGGGCUCCUGGGGCUCCAUCUGUGAUGACAGCUGGGACCUGAGUAACCAGAUUGAGUUGCUGCCCCAGUGCAAUGACUCCUGGUCUGACCCAGCAGGGUCUGCAGCCUCAGAGGGCCACACUGCCAACUGCUCAGACAGCAGACAGCUCCGCCUGGUGGAUGGGGGCAGUCACUGUGCAGGGAGAGUGGAGAUCCUGCAGCAGGGCUCCUGGGGCUCCAUCUGUGAUGACAGCUGGGACCUGAAUGAUGCCCACGUGGUGUGCAGACAGCUGGGCUGUGGAGUGGCCCUGGAGGCCACCAUCUCUGCUCACAUUGGAGAGGGAUCAGGGCCCAUCUGGCUGGAUAAGCUGAACUGCACAGGAGAGGAGACCCAUUUGUGGCAAUGCCCUUCCCAGGGCUGGGGGCAGCACAACUGCAGGCACAAAGAAGACGCUGGGGUCAUCUGCUCAGAGUUCCUGGCCCUCAGGCUGGUGAGCGAGGACCAGGAGUGUGCUGGGUGGCUGGAGGUUUUCUACAACAACACCUGGGGCAGUGUCUGCCACAGCCCCAUGGAAGCUGUGACCUUGUCCGUGAUCUGCAGACAGCUUGGCUGUGGGGACAGUGGGACUCUCAACACUUCUGUUCCUCUCAGAGAAGGUUCUAGACCUCGUUGGGUGGAUGGAAUCCAGUGUAGGAAAACGGACACCUCUCUCUGGCAGUGUCCUUCUGACCCCUGGAAACAGAGAUCUUGCUCUGCAAAGGAGGAAGCUUAUAUCAUGUGCUCAGGAAACCGACCCAAGAGCUGUCCAGCCACUGCACCCUGCACAGACAAAGAGAAGCUCCGACUCAGGGGAGGAGACAGUGAGUGCUCAGGGCGAGUGGAGGUUUCGCAUGAAGGCGCCUGGGGCACUGUGUGCGAUGACUCCUGGAGCCUGGCAGAGGCUGAGGUGGUGUGUCAGCAGCUGGGCUGUGGCUCUGCGCUGGAAGCCCCAGGAGAAGCUGCAUUUGGCCCUGGAAAUGGAAGCAUCUGGCUAGAUGAGGUGCAGUGCAGGGGCAGGGAGCCCUUCCUGUGGGCCUGUGCUGCAGCACCCUGGGGACAGAGUGACUGCAAGCAUGAGGAGGACGCUGGUGUGAGGUGCUCUGGUGAAAGGACAACAACUCGCCCAACCAGGAGAAGUAAGCACCAGUUCGCCUCAGCUCCUGUCCCUGGCAUCUUCUCCUUACCUGGGAUCCUCUGCAUGAUCCUGGGAGCCCUUCUCUUUCUUGUUCUCAUCAUCCUGGUAACUCAGCUGCUCAGAUGGAGAGCACAGCGCCAAGUCUUAUUCACUUUUGAAGAUGCUGUUGAUGAGGUCCUGUACCAGGAGAUAGAUUACCCCAUAAAUCCAGAGAAGGAGAGCCUGCUGAACAGCCCAGGAACCAUAUCUGAUGAUGGCUCAGCAACUAAGCUACCCUAUUACACAGGGGACAAUGAGGAGAAUGGAGACCCUUAA